GGGAAACGAAGCAAACUAUCGAAGAAGAAUGAUUGUGUUUUCCUUUAGUUUUGUCUGAAUAAUAUUAAUUGAAAUAUGUUUACGGUUCUUUUUCAUUGCUUUUUACUUAGUAGUUUAGUUCACUUUAGCAAUGGAUUCUAUGUACCUGGGGUGGCUCCGGUGGAAUUUAAAAAAGGCCAAAGAAUUGAAGUUAAGGCAGUUAAAAUGACUAGCAUACAUACACAACUUCCGUAUGAAUAUUAUUCUUUGCCUUUGUGUUUACCCAAGAAUGGUACUUUUGUAUAUAAAUCAGAAAAUUUAGGUGAAGUUUUACGCGGUGAUCGUAUAGUAAACACUCCCUAUGAAGUCCAUAUGGCAGAAAAUAUUAAGUGCCGACUUUUAUGUCAUCAAAAAAAUAACCCUAUUAAUUGGAGUGUAGAAGAAUCUGAAAAAGUUGCCAGUCGAAUCGAACAUGAGUAUUUUGUGCAUUUGCUUGUUGAUAAUUUACCCGUUGCUACUAGAACUGUAAACACAGGCACAUCAGAGAGGAGUAUAGAACAAGGUUACCGUCUUGGUUUUAUGUCAAAAGGCAAGGCAUAUGUCAAUAACCAUUUAAAAUUAUUACUGAAAUAUCACAAGCACAGUCAGGAUUCCUAUAGAGUUGUUGGAUUUGAAGUAGAGACUGCUUCUAUAGACAAGGAUGAUCUUGCAUUUGCUGAUGAUUCUUGUCAGUUCCCUACUGAUGCCAACCCACAACUAGUCAAUGAAGAUACAGGAACAAAGUUAUAUUUUACAUACUCUGUUGAAUGGGGUGAAUCUGAGAUAAGUUGGGCCUCAAGAUGGGAUAUAUAUUUAGGCAUGAAAGAUGUACAAAUCCAUUGGUUCUCUAUUGUUAACUCUAUUGUUGUAUUGUUCUUCUUAUCAGGCAUUCUCACAAUGAUAAUGGUGCGCACACUAAGGAGAGAUAUAGCAAGAUAUAAUUCUGAUGAGAGUAUUGAUGAUAUGAUGGAGGAAACUGGCUGGAAGUUAGUACAUGGAGAUGUUUUUCGCCCACCACCCAAGAGAAUGCUCUUUGCCGCAGUUAUUGGAAGUGGUAUCCAAGUCUUCCUUAUGGCCCUUAUUACAAUAUUUAUCGCUAUGCUUGGCAUGUUGUCACCGGCAAGCCGCGGUGCGCUUAUGACGGCAGCUAUAUUUCUCUACGUAUUCAUGGGUCUCAUUGCGGGAUAUUACUCGGCACGCUUGUACAAUACGAUGAAAGGGAAACAAUGGAAGCAGGCCGCAUUCCUCACUGCAACAUUAUAUCCAGCUAUUGUGUUUGGCACAUGUUUCUUUUUAAACUUUUUUAUUAUGGGCAAACAUUCCAGUGGUGCAGUUCCAUUUUCCACCAUGAUGGCUUUGUUGUGCCUUUGGUUCUGUAUAUCACUGCCAUUAGUAUAUUUGGGGUAUUAUUUCGGGUGUCGAAAGCAGCCAUUCCAACACCCAGUCAGAACAAAUUUCAUUCCAAGAAAAGUCCCUGAGCAAGUUUGGUACAUGAAUGUUUUUAUUUGCAUUUUCAUGGCGGGCAUUCUUCCGUUUGGAGCCGUAUUCAUCGAACUGUUUUUCAUAUUCAAUGCACUGUGGGAAAAUCAAUUUUAUUAUCUCUUUGGGUUUUUAUUCCUGGUAUUUUGCAUAUUGGUGGUGUCUGUAUCACAGAUAUCAAUUGUCAUGGUAUACUUUCAGCUGUGUGGAGAAGACUAUCACUGGUGGUGGAAGAGUUUCAUUGUCUCGGGAGGUUCCGCAGUGUAUAUUUUAAUAUACUCUAUAUUUUAUUUCUUCACGAAGCUGGAAAUUACGGAGUUUAUACCAACAUUGCUUUAUAUUGGUUACACAGGCCUGAUGGUGUUAACAUUUUGGCUGCUUACUGGCACCAUCGGAUUUUUCGCAGCGUACACUUUUAUUAGAAAAAUUUAUGCAGCAGUAAAGAUUGACUAAUUUUAUAUAGUGAUUUACCCUAUUUUAUUUAAGAUUGUAUGAUUGAUGAAUGAAUUGAACAAAUAUUGUUUGCUGGUUUAUAUUGUGUGUAUGUUUUUUGUAAAUAGGUGUGUUAGUAGUGAAACAUUGCAUUUUAAAACACUUUUUUGUUUGAGUACCUAAUAAAAUAAGACUUGUAUUAUUUUAAAUCAAAUGAUUACAUAAAGCAUAGAUAUAUUUACAAAUAUCGGCUUACUGUCUCAUGAGCUUUGCAAUACGAUUUCAUUGUGAACUGCUUUCAUUAUCUACAUGUACACCUUGCAUUCGAUUUCAGCUGUUACUAUAUCUCGUCAUUAUGUUUGUUAUUAAUUGAAAGUCGUGUUUUUAAUUGAGCUCUCAUUAUAAUAUUAAAACACGCAUUCAUUCAUUGAAUCUCCUGAUAUUAUUAACAUUUAAUUUUUAUCCUGUUCCACUAUAUUUUAAUAAUCUUGUGCAUCCCACAGCAUACUAUGUAGGUUGAAAAUGAAAUAAAGGAAUUCUAUCUUUAAGUUUAA